AUGGAUUUACCGAAACAGGGAACGCACGUGCUUGGAGUAGGUGCCACUGGACUGUUGCUGGCAGCAAAUUUAGCAGCUGUAAGGUCCAGUCCUUGUCCCACACUGCUAUUUGGGAGACCAUCCAGCGAACACAAGUUUGUGACCAGAUCGCAAUCCAGCAUAGUCUACGAGAAUGCGAUGAAUUUGAAGUUUCCAGUGAGUCGUCGACUACGCAUGGCGUCAUUAGGAGCAUCACCAGCGGGAACCGUGUUCAAAGACCUGAUUGUCUCCACCAGAUGCAACAACACAACUCAGGCAUUGGCCAGAUAUUUACCCAACAUUAAUUCGGAAACAAAUAUUUUAUUUGUGCACAACGGGAUGGGUGUUGUGGAAGAAGCCGUGUCUGAAUUUUGGCCUGAUUUCGCUCAAAGGCCACGAAUCUACCAGGGCAUGAUAAGUCAUGGAGCCUUCAGAUCCAAGGAUUUCAAGGUCACUCAUCUGACCCCAGGAAGUCUGAAAAUAGCAGAGAUCCCUUGUGCAGCCCCACGACCUGAAUCUCCUCCACAGAUGUUCCUAGACCUCAUGGAGUCGAAUAUUAUGAAAACCACGAUAUGGGGCUACCAUGACUUGAUGCCGCAAAUGCUGGAAAGGCUGGUGAUAAACUCUGUCCUGGGCCCGCUCACUGCAAUUUAUGAUUGUUUGAAUGGAGAGAUUUUGAAGAUGAGUGGACUGAGGUCUAUGAUAGCCCAACUGGUGGAAGAGAGCUGUAGGGCUUUACUGGCUGCAGACAGUGUGAAGAAACUCAUCAGGGUCAACCCGGCAAUUUGGAGCGUACUGGAACCAACCAGGUUGACGCAGGUGGUAGUGAAAGUGGCUUCAGCUAACGCCAUGGGCUCUUCAACCAUGAGAGAGGAUCUGCACAAGAUCAUGCUCACAGACAUAGACUAUCUGAACGGGUACAUCUCCAAAAAAGGACACGAUGCCGGCAUAUCUUGCCGGAUGAACCGAAUGCUUACCAACAUGGUAAAAGAGAGACACAGAUUAAAUUUAAUUAGAGAGGUUGGGUCUAUGCGCAUUCGGGUUUGA